AUGGCUCUUCAAGUCAACACCAGCUUUUUGCUAAACGCAUCCAACAAUAGCGACAAYAUCAGAGACGAUUUGUGUUCGAGCCCUUUGGAAAAAGAAGGCGUUAAAGUGUUUCUGCUAUUUUUCUACAUUAUGGUGAUGCUCUUAGCAAUCCUCGGUAAUACUUCGAUUAUCUAUAUCGUGUACUCCAACAGGACCAUGAGAACCUCUACAAACAUCUUCAUCGCCAACAUGGCCGUCUGUGAUCUUGGGAUACCGUAUGUACUAAUUCCUAAGAAAAUAGCCAGGCUGUUUGUUGGAAGAUAUAUUUGGAUGGUACCUGGAGAAUUUGGAAUUGCAGUUUGUAAACUGGUACCUUUUGUUCACGAUGUUUUCGUCGACUGUUCUACAUACAGUCUUCUUCUCAUCACAUUUGAUCGGUUCUGUGCUGUGUUGCUACCACAUAAGCGUCACUUGUUGUCCAACAAGGUUGUCGUCAUCCUGAUCACCAGUGCUUGGCUUGCCUCUAUUAGUAUCAACGCUGUGCUUCUAAGAAUCUACAACGUUUCCUACAAGGACGGAAGGAGAUUUUGUUUCGCUUCUUGGUACAGUGACACCGCUUCUGACGUUUACUUUAAAACUUUAAUGUGCACCAACAUCAUCGCUCCCAUUCUACUCAUAACAUCYGCUUAUUCCGCUAUUUUCCAUAAACUCAAAAGACAAGUUCAAGUUCUGGGAAACUCAAUAUCGGACCAGCUGAAACUCAAAGAAUCUCUACUUCAAAAGAAAAUAGUUAAAAUGACAUUUGCAAUCGUCUGCACAUUUGGCAUCUGUUGGCUCCCCAUUAUAUUUACGGUUUUAUUCCAGCCAUUUGUUAAGUUGAAUGCCAAUUCUACGAGGUAUUCUUGUUGGGUUUACAGAUAUAGCGAGUUUUCUUUGCACAUGAAGGUACUCCCGUCCAUUACCAACCCAAGCUUGUGCUUCGUCUUCAGUAAGAAAUAUCGUGAUGAAUUUCGUCGAAUUUUUCGAGGCAGAUUCAGUUGCGCAAGUAAUGAAGUCGGAAACCUGGAAGACGAAGUGAACGCCAAUGCACAGCGCUAG